AUGGCGGGCAUGGACGGAAAGAAAAAGCUCCAUCUCGUCGGCAUUGGAGUCAAGCACUCCAUCGCACCCCCAAUGCACAACCAUAUCGCCGAGUCUCUCGGCCUACCAUGGACAUUCCACAGCACCGAGUGCUCUGACUUGGACAGUUUGAUGGAGCUUGCAAGGUCAGGAGAAACUGCCGGGCUUGUGGUGACCAUGCCAUACAAAAGUACCGUCAUGGCUCGUCUCGAUCGCCUGGACGAGCUAGCCACCACGAUCGGGGCAUGCAACAAUGUGUACUACGACCCGUCAGAUCACAAGCUGGUGGGCACAAAUACCGAUUGGUUGGGGAUCAAAGGGUGUCUCCUCGAGAAGGGCGACGACAACGAACGCCCCAAGCCAGGGAAAAGCGACCAGCCAGCGCUGCUUGUCGGGGCUGGUGGUGCAAGCCGCGCCGCCGUAUACGCCUUGAGCACGCAGCUCUUCUCCACGACCAUCUAUGUCUUGAACCGCGACGAAAAGGAGGUGGAGGACUUGGUCCGGGACACAACACACAUCGAACCACGUCCAAGGAUCGUACAUGUCAAAUCUCUGGAGCAGGCUUCAAGUCUCGAAACUCCGUACUACGUGAAGCGGAAAAGACGGUGGCGGCAGUCUUGGACCACUUCCUGGGCCGUUCUCCCAAAGGUGUUGUUCUAG